GCACUAGACCGAAACGUCCCCACCAAAGCCUUAUGCCUCGGGCGGGGAACCGCAUAUUCAGAGCAGAGUCGGGGUAACAAUACGUAGAUAUAAACACACCCCAAACAGAUAAUACGACUUAGUACCGACGAGAAAAUCGGGAGCUGAGUAUAGUGGUCUAUGUUCCAUCUUCAUACGCGUUCUUAUCGAUCUAUUCCCAAAAGGAAUAUCUACAUUAGAUAAGCGGUAUCCAGUAUCUAAAUCGUUGUCUCAACAUCGCACACCUAGCUGCUUGAAGCGAACACAUACCUUCGACCUUGAAGUCGUAUUUACCUUCACCAUAGCAACUCUCUAGAUAUGCCAGGCGUCAUUGAAAAUUGGCCGGCAUGGAAGGAGUUCGGCCUCGCUCCCGAUGAGUCUUCACGGGGCACGGACUUCGCUAACGCCAAGGCGGAGAUUAUCGCCCAAUACGGGGAAGAGGCUCUACGACAAAGUUGGCUUAAAGUCUGCAAGGAGCUCGAAACGGUUACCGAGAACCUCUCCGCGCUUGGCAAGGAUUCCGUUCCCGUCUUUCAGAUGGAAGAGAUCCGCAACCAUGGACUUUCGGAUGAACAAAGCGCAACAGUAAAGUCUAGAGGAUGUUGCGUUGUCAGGGGCGUCAUCCCCGAAGCGGAAGCAAACGUUCUGUUCCAGGACAUGAAGAAGAUGGUCGUUGAGAACGCCGCACAGAUUCCGGGCUGGCCACCAGAGUCUCCGGCAAUGCUAAGACUUUACAACUCCCCAACGCAGAUAGCUGUGCGCACUCACCCCAACCAGAUCCUUCUCCAAAGGACGCUGAACGCGCUCUUUCACGACGAAUCCAACGAGACAAGCCCCGAACCUUUGAGUUAUACUGACGCAGCUCGAAUUCGCCCGCCGGGACAAUUAUUUCUGGGCCUAGGACCGCAUAUCGAUGCCGGGAGCUUGUGUCGAUGGGCGGAUCCACAGUAUCGCAAAGUGUACGACUCCAUAUUUUCCGGCAACCCAGAAAAACACGACGCAUUCGAUCUCAGCGUUCGGAAAAGCGCCAACCAAAUCCUCUACAGGGCAAACGCACACUCCGCCGUCUUCCGCUCGUUCCAGGGCUGGACGGCGCUGACUCCUACGGCCCCGUCUGAGGGUACAUUGAUGCUAUACCCGAAUAUCUCGUCGGUCAUAGCUUAUGUACUGCUAAGACCAUUCUUUUCGCCUCCCAGGGACGAAAAGGACAUCAUGGAUUCCACCAAGUGGACUUUCGACCCGAAGUCUGACUGGUAUCCGGGAACGAUGAAGGAUCAAAGCCAACGAUUGAGUCCCAGUUCGCAUCCUCAUCUCCGUUUGAGGGAAUGUGUCACCUAUAUCCCGCAGAUGAAUCCGGGGGAUACGGUGUGGUGGCACACAGAUAUGUGUCAUGCUGUUGACCCCGUGCAUAAUGGUAAAGGAGACGCCAGUGUCGUCUAUGUCGCGGCCUGCCCCACGACAGCUAUAAACAAAGCUUAUAUCAAGACCCAAGUACAAGCCGCUCUACUCGGAAAGGCCCCACCGGAUAAACCUCACGUUGGAGAUGUCAAUGAGACGAAGUUGAAGGGUUAUAAGGGAUUUGAUGAUAUAUCACCAGAGGGUAAGGCCGUGUUGGGUUUUGGUCUUCUUUAGGUAAUCUUGUGACCAAUCGACCUUUGUGAUGUUUCACUAGGUAAGGCAAUAAUAAAUUAUUGGUCGGCCAUUACUCCUCUUUCUGAAUUGAAAGGUAUAACAAUAAUCCCGAAGGCCAUCUUCAUAUGAAAUUUGCUGCCCCCUUGACCGCUACCAAACAUUUGAAAGGCAGGCAAUUAUUUCGUAAUAGACACAUUCCGGAAAGGCACACAAACGAUUUGCU